GUAACAUCAGUUGUGCAACAUGUUUAAAAUAAAUAAAUAAAGGAUCGUAUUGUUCUGGAAGAGAUUGUUCUGGAAGACGGCGCGCAGCUGCGGUCUCGCCCAGUAGGGGGCGUGUCGGCGCUCAGUCUCCGUUAAGAGUGUCUCCUUCACGCCUUUCCUCCUUCCGCGCUCCGGUCACGCUGUCACUAGUCACCGGCUCCCGAGCUCUUACAAAGAAAACCCUGUGAAAAUGAAGAUUUGGGCGUCAGAGCACAUUUUCAACCACCCGUGGGAGACGGUGACCAAAGCAGCGAUGCAGAAAUACCCCAACCCCAUGAAUCCCAGUGUGUUCGGCGUUGACGUCCUAAACAGAAAUGUGGACACAGAGGGGCGGUUGCACAGCACCAGGCUGCUCAGCACAGAGUGGGGGCUCCCGGCCAUGGCCAACUCUAUCAUUGGUGCAACAAGAACAUGCACUUAUGUUCAGGAGCAUUCAGUAGUGGACCCCAAACAGAAGACCUUUGAGCUCAAAUCUACAAAUAUCUCUUUUACUAACCUGGUAUCUGUGGAUGAGAAGUUGACAUACAAGCCACAUCCACAAGAUCCCGAAAAGACUGUGUUGACACAAGAGGCUCUGAUCAGUGUCAAAGGUGUCAGUCUAAGCAGCUACCUCGAAGGUCUCAUGGCCAAAACUAUUUCUGUCAAUGCCAGCAAGGGACGAGAGGCGAUGGAGUGGGUCAUCACGCGAUUAAACACAGAAAUCGAGGAGCUGGCAGCGACUGCUUGUGGUACGAUGCGGUCGUCUAUGGCGGCAGCUGUUGCAGAUAAAUGAUGGCGGCCUUCCAAUGAAUCGAUGGACUUCUCAGACACUUGCCACAGGAGUGUACGUUUGCCAGCACAGCCUAACCGUUCCAUCCACUGGCCCUAACUAUGUAUGUGGUUUUAGUUACAAGAACUCAACUGUUUUGUUCUUCCUCAGCAGCUUGAUUCUUGCUGAGAGCAGUGAACCUUGAGUUGGGAUGGGUUCAAAAGACAAACAGGGUUGAAUGGAACUGCACUUGAAGCUCACAGGACUACUUCUUGUGAUCAUGUAUAAUGUCUUUUCUUCUUUUAUUCACACUGUGCCUCCACAUGACAUCAUCAGUCUCCUCUUUCUUAAUUCUAACAACCAAAAAGUGGCUGUAAUCAAUUGUACAUAUUCUCCACGGUGUUCUUUCCACUGCCCCUUAAGAUCAGAUAAUGAGCAACCUAUAUCCUGGGGCUUCUUUUUAUUUGAAUGCACUGUUACAGUCACAUUGAAAACAAAAGAAAUAUCAUUAGUGUUUAUUUGAAAGGUGUGUUUAUCAUAAGGGUGGAGCUCACAGGGAGCACAGCUCUUGUCACUGUGUGAUCGGAGCACGGAUUAAGGAGCUGCAAGAAAUUUGGGUCCAAAACAGUUCAUAUUAAGUCGUUCAGGACCAGAGGGGCUGAUAGGAUUUGAAGUCCAACUGAGACCUAUUGUUUAUAGAUGUGCAGCAUUUAAUGAAACUGUAGAAGUAGUGAGGCAAACCUUGAUUUUACUAGAACUCUCAGAUCUGUCGGGAUGUUGGACCUUUGCCCACAUGUUAGUUUCGUAUAGUGAUUCUAUUUCAUCUCUUGGUCUCUUUUUGUCAUAUUUAUUUUAUACUGCCCAUGUGCUGUUUGAGUGUUGCAGAAUAUGAAUGUGGAUACUUGAAUAGUUGACUCAUUUCCAGCAUGUGCACUUGGUGAAAAGCACCAGUGUCUAAUGUGUUGCGUUCAGGAUCACUAAAUGUGCCAACAUAAACUUUACUCUGAACAUGGUGAACGUACCCACUCCCCAGGUUCUGACCAGCUUUUAAUGUCAUUAACAACGUCUGUUGUUGUUGUAUUGGUAUUUUUUUUUUUUUUAGCUUUACUGGUUGUGCAGAUCUUAUGCUUUUCAUACCAAUCUCAGCUCUCAGGUGUAAAAAUCUACCUUGUUCAGUUUCCUUCUGGGGACAUAAUGACUUGGAGAAAAUCUCUUUCAUCCCCAUUUUCUAGAUAUUUGGUUAAAUACAGCAUCAUGCGUCUGAAGUUUACAUAGAAGGGAAAAACUACAUAUUUCAAUGUUACAGCUUCAGUGUUUCACUCCUACAUCCAAAGUAAAGCUCAUAUUUUUACCGUGUCCUCGUAAAUAGCUUAAUGAAUUGUGUAUCAUCCGAUUGAGGAUGAUUCUAUUUAAAAUCUACUGACUCUGGUCGCAGUCAGUGACACCACAUUGGUUCCCUGCAU